UAAUUAAAUUACAUCUAAGUAGUUGACAUUAAAUUCAGCAAGUUUACGACUUGAUAUAAAAAUGCCGGCAUUCUGAGAGAAUGCAUCUGUUGUGUUCGGAUAUCACAGGACCACACAUCUUCAACAUGAAAUUCCUGGUACUAGCCGCCUGCAUGGUCGCCGUGGCGUGCGCGCAGGGCCCCGACGCCGCCGCGCCCGUCCUCCGCUCGGAGUCCGACGUGCAGCCCGAGGGAUUCAACUACGUGUAUGAAACCGGAAAUGGCAUUUCUGCUCAAGCUUCAGGCGCUCUGAAGAAGGUUGACAACUACGACGCUCUUGCCGUCCAAGGAUCGUACAAGUACACCGCCCCCGACGGUUCCGUCGUGCAGUUCAACUACGUCGCCGACGAGAACGGAUACCAGCCCCAGAGCGACAGCCUGCCCGUGGGUCCCGAAAUCCCGGCGGCCAUCGUGCGCUCCCUGCAGUACAUCGCGGCGCACCCUCCCCCAGUCAACGCCGUCAGGAACUGAACAACACUACGGAUCUCAGAACAAUAACCCCCGACAGGAUUCUCAUGAUUUUCUCUUGUUUCGAGUCUUUCCAGCCAGUCUCAACUGAAAUAAAAAAUAAUUUACAUCACACAUAAGAUUUGUAGUAAGCUAGCUUGAUUUGUAGUAAGAGAAAAUUGUGGCGUCAUACGAUCCAAGCAUGGAACAGAAAAUGGAAAUGUAAACAGAUGUAAAUUAUAUUUUAGUUUGUAAAAUAAAGUUUAUCGUGCCAUACAA